GUUAAAAGAGACACGUGGAGAACAACCCCCAAGUUUGAAUUUAAUGACGCAUGCGGUGUGAGCUGUAAACCAUAGAAUAUUAUCCAGUAUAUAUUCUAACUCAAGGAUAUUAUUUCACAAGAUUUGUAGCGACUGAGUGCAACAACACAAUUCCUGACUGCAAAAGGAUGCAUUGGAGCGCUUUGUUAACGUGUUUACUCACCUUAUCCCUGAUGAAGCAAGUGAGUGGCUUGGAAAUUGUCAAUGGCAAGUAUGGAGAGACUGUUGAAAUCCCAUGCAAGAAUGGACGUGACAAACCACAGGCUGUCAUGAUGGCCAAAUGGAAAUAUGGCAGCGAUGGCAACAUACUGGUGAAACAGGCGGGUCAGAAUGCCAGUCUUUCAGAGGAUGUGAAGUACAAAAACAGAGCCAGUAUUAAAGAGGACUUCAGUCUCGUCAUUACGCAAGUGACAAUGGCUGAUCAGAAAACCUUUACUUGCAUGGUGGUGGUAGGCGAAGACAUUUUGGAAAACUCUGUUCAACUGGUGAUUUAUAAGGCUCCUUCGCAACCUAAGAUUGCAAAGCAAGCAACUGUGAUGGAGAUUGGCAAACUAACUACGCUAGCGCAGUGCCAUACUACAGGUGCAAAUCCAGCUGCCAACAUCACAUGGUUCAAGAACAAAACUCCACUCAUGCCUGAUGAAACCGCCAUUAAAAUCACCACAGUUGUGGAUGUUGAUAGUGAGACAGGACUGUCCACCACAACCUCUAAGCUUGAUUAUGCUGCAGUGAAGGAAGACAUUGAUGCCCAGUUUACCUGUCGAGUUCAACACAUCAGGUCUGCUGAAAUGGAGUCUGCAGCUGUUAACCUCACUGUGAUCUACCCCACCGAGAAGGUCAGUCUCCAGGUAAUGUCCCAGGGUCCUUUUAAGGAAGGGGACAAUGUGACCCUUAAAUGCACAGCAGAUGGAAACCCCCCACCUAAAAGCUACAGCUUCUAUAUCAAGGGGGAGAAAAAGACUGUGGAGAACUCCAACACAUACACCUUGACCCACCUCACUCGGGCUAGCACUGGGGAAAUCAAAUGCUCACUGGUGGACAAUGAAGAUUUGACAGAUUCUGCAUUCAUCACAGUUGACUAUCUUGACGUGUUCCUCGACACCACUGGUAAAGUUUCAAAGAAACUUGGCGAGAGCUUUGAGACUGCUCUAAAUGUCAGUGCCUCAGGAAAGCAUCAAAUAUCCUGGAGAAAGGGCAAUUCCAAGCUGGAUAUCCUCCUACCCAAGUUUUACAAGUUGAAGUACUCUGACGCAGGAGUGUAUGAGUGUAUUGUUUCCAUGGCUGGCCUCCAGAAAACACGUACAUUUGAAUUGAUAGUUGAAGGUCGUCCAGUGAUCAAGAACCUAAUCAAGAAGCGCAGUGAUGAAAGCAUGACCAAGAUCUUGAGAUGUGAGGCUGAAGGCUCUCCAAAACCCACUGUACAGUGGAGUGUCAAUGGCACAAAUGUCGCUGAGACUGCUUAUGUGGAUGGCAAAAUCACGUACAGCAUCACUAUUGUUCCAAAGGUUAAUCUCACUGUGUCCUGCACUGUCUCUAAUGUCUUGGGCUCUGACAUUAAGAGCAUUAAUGUGUCAACACUUGUUGAUGACGUGACUAUGGACAAAAGAGAAGAUCAGAAAGAUGAACAUAGUGACCAGAUGGCACUGGCUGUUGGCAUUGUUGUUGGCCUGAUACUGGCCACACUUGCAAUAGGGCUCGCCUAUUGGAUGUAUUUGAAAAAGUUCAGGCAAGGCACCUGGAAAACUGGAGAAAAGGAGGAUGGAUCAGCGGAGGAGAGCAAGAAACUGGAAGAAAAUCAGAGCCAAAAAACAGACGUGUAAUGUCAAAUGAGCCAUUCAGGGAUUUAUUUGAAUACAGUCCCUUUGUUCCACGGUAGAAGGGAGCAGUUUGUCAAAUCUGUGAAAACAAUAAAGAGCUGUAAUGGAGAGCCUGAGUAGCUGUGUCUGCACCAUCGUCUGUAAUGUGUCUUUGCCUCACCUAUGAAUGGGGAUUUAAUGAAUUAUGUUGUAAAAUAUAUUAUUCUUUUGCAUUGAAGAUCAAGUCAGAAACCUGUGUCUGUAAAGUGUUCAUUCAUAUUGUUGGUUCAUCUAAUAUUGGUUUGGUCCCUGUGGAAAAAAGUUCUUUUUUUUUCUUCUUUUUUUUAUGUGCCCCAAUUAUUCAGUACAUUGAUGUGUAUGAUGUCACAUGAUGUGUAGAAACAUAGUGGCCAUUAGUCUCUUUUCUUUUGUAAUUUCAUACAGUACCUAAUCUGUGGCAUGAUGCGUGGCAUGAUUUUCGCAGCUAUACUGAGCACUUGGGUAGUUUUCUGGCCUUAACAAGCCCAUGAAAAGUCAAACUGUGAAAAGAAGCAAAACUGACUUCCCAAUAUUAUACCUAUCAGGAUGUAUAAAACAAUUAUUUACCUGUUUACCUAGACCUUAUAAGCUGUGUUAUAAAGACUGUAACCUUUAAAAUUUCGAUGCAGAAGGACAAUGUUUUUGAUUUUGGAAGUUAUUGAAGAUAUAAUACAGGGACCAAUGUUUGAUUAUGAAACCCAUGCCCUUUGCUUGGAUUGUUUUGAUUUUUUUUUUUUUUUUAUUAUUAUUUUUUUUUUUAAUGACAAAAAAACCCCGUGUUAAAUUAGAAUCAUAUUACAACAUUUUUGUUGAUACAUUGCUUUUAACACAUUUUCUUUUUUUCUGGAAAAUGGAAAACUCUGCUCUCUGUACUGUACAUUCCCACUCCCUUUUUCUUGUAGUAUUUCUUAUAGUUUUGCAGCAGAAUUGUAUGUGGUUUACACAUUACUUGUAAAUAUGGUAAACAUUUUGUUGUUGUUGUUUUAUGUUCUAUUUAUAUUUGUAAGGUUUAGCUAAGUGGCAGUGUUUUAACAAUGUUAGUUUUAGUAAUUAUUCCUAGAAAAACUCAAUUUCUGUUGAACGGUACAGUACAAUCUGUGGUAUUUACUUGUAGGCUUUGAAAUUGUGAAGUUUAAUCUUCCAGCUUUCCGUUUUGCUUAGUGGUAUUUCUGCAUUUCCACAGUUCAGUGCUUCUUCAGAGUGAAUUCAAACCAUCCUCGAGACCAAAGAGGUUGAAUGAGGCCAUGCAAGUAUUGUACAUACUGACCAUUGUUUUGUACUUUUAGUUCAAAUAAAGUGUACAUUUUUA